AAUGACGGACGGACACACACACACACACACGCUGUUGAGUGUUCGGAUGCUGCAGGGAGAGAGAGAAAGAAAAUAAAAGUAAUCAGCAGCGACAGGUGCUGACUUCGAGGCAAAGAUAAGGCUUGUGUGAGAGCAGGAGUACCUCGGGGCGGCUUUGAAGUGUGUGUCGGCGUGUGUCAGUCCCGGAGUUUCCAUAGACGCCAUCAGAUCCUCCAGUGCCAGUGUGACGAUGCAGGACUGUGAGGCGUGGGCGCGGGUGGAGGACGUGCUGGAGAGGCUUAGUGCGGCAGAGGGUGACGGGGCGUUGUUGGUGGUAAGGGAUGACACACUCCUCCUCAAGCUACAUUCCCACCUCCACACAUUUCUGCUGCAUGCCAAAGAAGGAGGCCAAGACUGGGGCCAGCGGGUAACACUGCUGCGCUUUGUUCAGACUGUCUUGGACCCACUGGUGGUUGCCAAUGCCAGCAACUCGGCUAGUGUGGCCCUGGGUCUGCGUGUAUUGGCCACCCUUGUCACUGUGGAGACUGAUUUCAACAGCCUGGAGGACAGCAAGGCACUGUCCCUGUUCAUGGUGUCCCUGCCAAGUGUGCGGAGUGAACCCAGCUUGGCAUCCCCAGCCCUGUCCCUAGCCAUGUCCUUGAUGGCACACCCUGAUGGUCUACUGUGGCUUGUCAAGAAUGGAAUUUGGGAGAAGAUGCUGUUGCCGUGCCUGCGUAGCCCCAGCAUUUUUGUACAACGUGAGGGUGUGAAUGCCAUGGUCACAUUCAUACUGAACCUGAGAGACACACAGCAUUUUGAAGGGUUGGUGAAGGAUCUGUACCUCCUGUCAGACAAGUUUAAUGAGCUGCGUUCUCACAUGGGCAAUGGAGCAGAGGCAGAGGAGAUCAGACAGACAAACCUCAGAGUGCUCAGUGUCUUUAAGCAGCUGUACUGGCAGACACUGGGCAAGUCUGGGAUCUACACCAAGGUGCGUGACAUAGAUGACAUCAACAUUCGUAUUCUGGCCAUCCUGCAGUACAAAGUCUCAGACAGUACCGUCAGCAGCUGCACUGACCUGCUCAUACUGAACCUGCUGCAUAAGUUUUAUGAGAAGCUGAUAAACUACGGCAUACUGGAACAGUUUCUUCUGGACUCGCUGUGUGCUGACAUUAUAACUCUGUCCCGUAUGUUGCUGGAGCGGGGAUACACUGAGUCAUUCGUCAGGUCAUCUGCCAAUGUCCACAAAUACUGGGAUGUCAUGAUGAAAAGAAUGAAGGAAGAAAGCAAAAUUGACCUCACAUCUGUGGAAGCCUUGCUGCAUAUCGUCACUGCUUUCCAGGUGUCCUGCCUGGUGGCGCUGUAUCAGUCCUGCCUGGGGAAGAUGAUGGAGGCAUGGCCGGAGAAGUUGAAGAUAAUGGCAAAAUGGAGAGAUGAAGUGCAAAACCGCAUAAGUACCAAGGAGGAAGUUAAGGCUGAGGCAGGCAAGCUGGAAAGGCAGAUGGUGGCCUCCUUCUGUAAGGACUCCCAGAAGACAGUCCAAACAGCCGUCACCUGCAUCACUGCCAUUACCGCUGUGGCUGACCACCUCAAUCCUGCGUGUGCUGUGACAAUCUUCCAGGGGCUGACCUUCAUGCUGUGCUCCCGUGUGUCCUCCUCCCCCAUCAGGCACCAUGUGGGGCUUCAGCGCACAGUGAUUGAUGGUGUAAGGAAGCUGGUGGAAAGGUUCAACAUUGACUGGAGAAAGUGCUAUGCCUCUGUCUGCCUGAUGGGGAAGCUGUGUGACAUGGCUCAGAUCCCUGGCCUCUCCUCCCAGGUGAAGGUGUCUGCCCUGAAAGCCAUGAAUUCCUGCAUCAAUGGUUUCAUUCCUCCGGUGAUGUCGAUGUUGGUGAACAGUGGCAACCUGGAGCACAAUAGUGUGGAGCAGAUGGGUCAGGUGUUGGCUGUGUACCUGGCUGAUGUGAAGUGGGAGGUGCGGGACUCAGCCCUUGAGGUGCUCAUUACCUGCAUGAAACUGGCAAAGGAAAAGUACCCUCACUUUGUCAACUGGCUGGGGCGUCACCAUCUCAACAGUGCUGUUAUCACAGCCAUUGGGGAUGUUGAGGGUUAUGUCAGAGCCAGUGCCUUCACCGUUCUUGCCAACAUCAUCUCCAUUGACAAGGAAUGGUGGUCUCCCAAAUGCAGCAAUCUGCCAGCCAAAAAGAACGGCUCACUGAAUAAAAGACUUAAGAAUGAACAGUGUCCAAACAAUAGAAGGGCGUGGUCAGAGCUGGAGCUGGAGGAGGAGAACCUGCCCCACCGUGCCCUGUCUGCUGUGCUGGGUGAGGGUGAGGCAGCCGCCAGGAAGGCCGCCCUCACACUGGUGCAGGAACUCUUCUUAGCUGGCAAGUUCAGUGAGGAGGAGGUGGACAGUUUGGUGGUGCGGGCGGUGCAGCACUGUGCCGAGGACCCGGACAAUGAGGUGCGACUGGCAGCACUAGAGUUCAUACAUGCUCACUUACUGUGGUCACUCAGCAAGAAUGGGAUGGUGGAUGGAGAGUUUCCCUCCAUCACAUUCAGCCGAGGGAAGAUCAUCAAGCUGGACACAGAGGAGGUGAAGAGCAGGGUAGUCAAAGUACUUAAUUGGGUCUGUGAGUGUGGGUACUUGUGUGUGCUGCUGGCGAGUCGGCGUGACCUGGUGGCCUCGGUGGCAUCAAGGGCCAGAGAGGUGUUCUGCUUCCUCAGCAACUUGGUGACACGAUACCAGAUUACACAGGAGGAUGAUGGUGGUGGUGGGGAGAGGAGCAAGGUUGGGGCAGGAACAGGCAAGGACAGUGGGCAGCAGAAUUCCUCCUCCAGGCCAAGUUCUAAGGAGCCAGUGAAGGAAGAGACAGUGCUUGGCCACCUGGACCAGAUAGACAAGACCAUUCAGGAAAUACUCAACUCCUCCACUCUUGAAAAUGUGUCCACAAUCAAACGAUUUCCUCAAACUGGUAUGACCUCUCCUGUGCCUCCAAAAAAGCUGGUUCUUACCGCUGAAGACAUGCCCCAAGCCUGCCCUUCUCUGCCCCUCACUUCACUCCUGCAGGCCUUCACAGCACUCUGUCAGCCACACUGCUGUGGUGAUGAUGAGAGGAACCAGGUAACAGAAAUGAUCUCACUCCUUGAAGACAUACUCCUGGAUGGUGAACGGCAGCAGAAACACCUGGAUGACCAGGGCCUGAGGGAUUGCUAUUGAGCUUCAACUACUCUCCCUCUCUUCCGUAGUUCCAUAUAGUCUUCCUCAUCUUAAUGUUUCUAUCCUAUGCCAUCCAUCUAUAUUAUCUUGCUCUCCAGUUAUUAUUUCCAUUUCAUUAUUUUAUUCUGCAGGUUUCUCUUCCCCAUUUGGUUUCAUUCUUUCCCCUUACUCUCUUGCAUUCUUUCCUCAGACUCCCACCCAGGAGCCAAGACUAUUCCCAAGACCCACAGCACAGGUAAAGGUAGUAAGGAAAGAGAAAAGGUGGCACUGUCCAUGGGCUUAGUAUCUUGUUAGGCUCUUCAUGUGGUUGCUGGGAGCAUUUCAACUCUUCUAGAUGAUUAUAGACUGAAGAUAGAUGGUUUGGUGCUGCAAUGAAGCAGGUUGUGGCUGUGUGAAGGUUAGUUUCAUUUCUGUUGAAAUAGAAUGCCCUUGCUACAUUUGAUUUGUCAUUGUCAAUUAAUUGCCAGUGAUUGUUUCACUAACUUGAAUAUCAGCAAUCAUUACUUAAUUGCAGCCGUAUCUAAUCUUGUGAUCUAAUGAUUGUCACUCUCAGCUCGUGCCUAAGAGUUCUAGAGUUCAAAUCUCAGCCAGGCAGACAACUGAGUCUGCUCAUCUUUCACCUUUAGUCACUGUUUGUGUAUUUGAAAUUAAGUAUAGGUGUUAGUUUGAGAGAUUGUGCCAUAGCUGUUCAGCAGGACCACAUUAUUAGACCUGUCUUCUUAUGACAGUGUGUUGCACCUUGCCAUAAGGAACCAGAAGUGGUCAACAGCGUGCCAAGGCAAAAAUAUGAAUAAAUAAGGCUUAUAUCCCAUUUAUGUGAGGUAAGCCAAGAUGAGACUUUGCAUACAUACAUGCACUUAUUUACACAUUUAUGCCUGGCCUUCAAGAGAAAGAAAUUGUUCAGUGUGUUAUGCUGUGCAAGGGUCAGUUGAUCAAGUGUAAGAAGAAAUUGUCAGUAAAUCCAUCUCUCUGCGCACUAGAUAAAUGUCACUGUGCAGGGAGUGAGUCAAAAGACACAUGGAUAUUCAUACAUGCUCAUAAACAUUCCUAAACUAAGUAAGUAAUGAACAUUAUGGGCAUCUGGCAUAGGUCAAGUAAAUUAAUCCUACACCCUGGAUGCAUACAGUAGCACUCUUGUGGCCUGAACAAGAGAUUGAUUAUGUUGAGCUGCUUUAAGUUGAUUAUAGUUAAGUUAGAUUUUAUUAGAAUGAGUUAAUAAUUUGUGGCUAAUGGAAAAGUGUGGAGGAACACUCAAGAGUAGAGGAUGUGCCAAUUCAAAGCUCUUGGUGACCUUGGCACCUGGCCUUGUCUGUUUGGGUCACAGUUUUAGUUUUAGUUGUUUGAAUUCUAGUGAAUCUUGCUGGUUUACAAGCAGUGCCAAGUGGUUGAGGUCAGUAUGAAGUAUCACUGCUUUCGUCCUUUGAUCUGUGAUAGCUAAAUUGUAUCCUUAAUUAAAAUGAGAGAGACAAAGUGCACUUUGCAUACAUUUACUGCUUCUAGUUUUAUAAGUCUUGUGUCUGAGUAGUGGGCUUGGCUUUUGUUUUUGUAAGUUAAAGGUGAAUGUUCACCACUGUGAUUAUAUACAAAAGUAUUUUUGGUACAGUGAUUUUAUAACUUUUUAAAUCAUAAGGUAAGAACACUUGAUACUACACUAAACCCUGCCCAAGUUGGAGCCAAAUAUAUCCAGUAUCAGAAAUCACACCCAAGAUAUAGGGGAUGGACACUCAUAUGCCCAGAUAGACACCCGAUAUCUCAGAUUGUUCUCUGAGACAUGUAGGGAAAGUUGAACACUUGGAGACACCAGAUAUGUAUCUAGCAUCACCUCGUGUUAACCUGAGUUGUCCAAAUGAAGGAAUAGUAGAAAAUAAGAACUGACUGAAAUGACCUUGGGUUUUAGCACAAUUACAAGAACAGAAGGAACUGUGGUGCUGGUAAAAGAGCAAGCGUGAGGUAUGCUGUAGCAGCCAGUGUUCCCAGUCCUUAGGAAGAAUUUGAAGAUGCACCAGAAGAGAUGGAUAUAUAUUCAAAUAUUAAAUAUAUAAUGUAAAUAUAAUUGACUAUCAAAAAUCCAGCAACCUGAGGACUGCAGGAUUUUUAAAAUUCUGGAUUUUUAUGUAAAUGUGUAUGCUGUAUAUAUUUUUAACAGAAUAUUACUGCCAACUACCCAACACAUGCAGGCCAUGUGGGGCAAGGCUUGUUUGAGUUUUGGAAAAACUGAUCGUACUGCUUCCAGUAGUUAAUUAUAAUAAUACUUUAUUGCAUCAAAAAAGGACAUUAUUUACUCAUUGUUACUGAUGUUUAUUGCUAAAUUUAUUAUAAAAACAGUUGGGAUCAUGUUAUGCCAUGUUAUCAUGAUGACAAGAGUUCUGGAGAACCAACAGUCAAAAGCAGAGCUAAAACAGGGAGAGAACCCUGUUAUAGCAGUUAUGGACAUCAUAAGUUUAUAGCUGACUACUGAUAGACGUGUCUAAAACAUGCCAUUUUGCCCACUAUGACUGACAUUAGUAGCUAUGACUGUUUGUGGAAUACAGGGGGUGGUACUCGGCAAUAUUUUCAGGACCACAUGAUUCCGGAAUUUUCCAUGGUCUGGCAAGUCUCAGGUCCGGAAGUUGCUGGAUUUGGGAGGUUCAGCCUGUAUGUGCUGAAUAUAUUCAAUAUAAAUGGACUACCAGAACAGCGCUUAAAAAAAAGAAAAUCAAACCCUAAAUGAAAAGUAAACUAAAAUUUUUAGCACUUCACUUUUUCUGCAAUAACUAGCACACAAUGUUUGCGUUUUACACCACCUUUUUCAGCUGAAUACAUAAUGGGGCUAUAGAGUAGCAAAUAAAUGAUUAAAUGAAAAGAAAUGUCUGUCAUCUGUUGUAAGCAGGACCAAACAUCGACAGUGCCUCCAGAAAACAAUGGCAUGCCAAUACAGUUAAUUUAAAAGGCAUUCUGACAGUCAUGCUGGAAAACUGAUGUUUCCAGAAUACUGAUUGCCAGAUUUUUUAUAGUCAACUGCAUUAAUUAUUUUUUUCCCUAAGGUACAUAAUACAUAACCACCUGGUGUUUGCAAUAGUAUGUGCACUGGAAACACUGCCUGCUGUCUGUACAACAGCCUGCUGUGUCAUGCACAACUAGUGUUCUUGCCUUUCUCCUGCUGUGUGUGUUGGUUUUCAUCGGGGCUUCCAAGGCUUCCUAGUUAGAUAACUCAGAUUUUUAAAUAUCUCUGAUUGCCUUCGCUCCAAUUAAUCCAACAUGGGUUGGGGUUUACUUUAUAAUGAAUUCCUAUUAUCAGCUGUAACGCUAGUUUUAUAUUCACAAGAAUAUAUUGAUAUAUUUGAGAGAAA